CCCACCAACCUCCGCCGCCGCUCGCGCCCGGCCAUGGCGGAGGCCUCGGUGGGCAGGCAGAGCCCCAGGGUGGUACCAUACCCAGCCCACAGCCUUUGUCCUGGAGAGCCCAGCCUUCAGAGCGCAGCAGUUGUGUCAAUGGGCUCAGCUGAUCACCGACUGAACCUAGCAGAGAUCCUUUCGCAGAACUACGGCGUACGGGAAGAAAGGGAAGAAGAAGAUGAUGCUCAGGAGAAACAGAAGUCUUUAGAAGAGCUGGAGAAGAGUUUCAGUGCCUCUCAGAGCAGUGAAAUGCCAUUUGAGGAGCUGCUUGCACUUUAUGGCUAUGAGGCAUCCGAUCCCAUUUCAGAGCAGGACAGCGAGAGCAAUGACAUCCCUCCAAAUCUCCCUGAUAUGACCCUGGAUAAGGAACAAAUAGCGAAGGAUUUGCUUUCAGGGGAGGAAGAGGAGACACAGUCUUCAGCAGAUGAUCUGACCCCAUCGGUCACAUCCCACGAUGCAUCAGACCUAUUCCCAAACCAGCCUGGCUCAAACAACUUCCUUGCUGAUGAAGACAAAGAGCCCUGUUCAUCUCCAUGUGCUUCCUCCAUGGCUGAGGAAUCAGAGGAGGAUUCCAUGCCAUCUAGCGAGUGUAAGAAGGACAUCAGCAUUGGACCUCAGUUCCAAGCCACCGUUCCCAUCCUGCACUUAAACAGGCACAGUGAAAAAGCCUAUGAAAAUGAAGAUCAGCUGCUUUGGGACCCAAACAUCCUACCUGAAAGAGAGGUUGAAGAGUUCCUAUACCGUGCCGUGAAGCGGCGGUGGGACGAGCUGUCUAGCAGCAGCCUGCCAGAAGGAGAGAUGGUGAAAGACAACGAACAGGCUUUGUACGAGCUGGUGAAAUGCAACUUCAAUGCAGAAGAGGCAUUGCGGAGGUUACGGUUCAACGUGAAGGUUAUCAGAGAUGAGCUUUGUGCGUGGAGUGAAGAAGAAUGUAGAAAUUUUGAACACGGCUUCAGGGUCCAUGGGAAAAACUUCCAUCUUAUCCAGGCAAACAAGGUCCGUACUCGGUCAGUGGGAGAAUGUGUGGAAUAUUAUUACAUGUGGAAGAAGUCAGAACGCUACGACUACUUCACUCAGCAGACUCGUUUAGGAAGGAAGAAGUACGUCCUCCACCCUGGAGCCACGGAUUACACUGACAAUGAUUUGGAUGGGGGUGAGGUGGAAAACGCCAGCCGCUCUCGGAGCUCCCCUCCCAUUCCCUCUGCCACCAGCUGCCUGGACUCUCACUUUGGCCAAGACCAGCUAGCAAUUGAGAGCACAGAGCCCCUGAGCGUGGAGAGCACAGCCUGCAGCCUGGGCAGCAUGAGUGAAUCGGGACAGGGCUACGAGUGCAGUACGCCUUCAGAGACAAAUUGUUCCUUCGACCCUGCAGAAGAAACCUCCUCAGGCACCAUCUCUGCUUCCUGCACACGGCAUGCUGUCACCCCCUCGGACACGGGGCUCUUUGCUUUGCCACCAGCAGGACCAGGACUGGCAGAGAAACAGGAAACAUUACAAAGCUCUGGUGAGACGAUAACCAUGGACUUCACUCUCCCUGCAGACAUUAAUGAGGGUUUGCCUUUAAUUGCUGGCCCUGUGGAUUUGGGCAGAGACCCAGAGGCAGCGGUGGCCCCUGCUCAAGUGUCCUUAUCGGUCACAGAUUUUGGCCUCAUUGGCAUCGGAGAUGUAAAUAGUUUCCUGACUGCUCAUCAGGCCUGCUCAGCACCUGUGGCUCGGUCAGAGCCUUUGUCACAGUGAGAAUCUUCAGUCACACACCUGUCACGGACCCAGCAAGGACUUGGACCUGACUGAGUCAAAUCCUGGAACUUCCACUGUUCUGUAGGGACAGUUUGGAGCUCUUGGUCAGAAUCCGUCUUUCCAUCCUCCUUGAUCCAAGGCUACAGUGAAACCAAACACAUUUCUUCUCCAGCGUGUUCUGACACAGUCAUGCAAAGCUGGUGGCUGGCUUGAGUGAGGGGGGGAGGCUCACGACCCCCCCUUUUCAUUGACCAUGUGUUACCCCAGGUAAUGCCAGGCUGUUGGGAAAAUCCCUGCCCUCAGUACAGGGGAAGUGCCCUUUGGCCCAAUGGGACAGUGAGUGAAGAGAUGUUUUGAAAACAGGGAUGUGUUAUGGGCACUUCAGGGCUUGGACAGAGGGUCUGAGAGCUUAGGAAAUCAGCAUGGAGCACGGUCUGCUUGGGCUGGAGGGCUGUUCACCAGCAGAGGUGAGCAUGGUGAUGCCAAAGGAAGGUGAGGAGUCCUGGCUGUUCACCCACAUGUAGUGCAUUGCAGUAGAAGCCACUCUCCCCCCUCCCCUUCCCUGCGCUCUGAGCUGUGGGUCGUGGUUGGUGCACACAGUGCUGUUCUCAAAGCUCCUGCAGUGUGCAUUUCCUUCUGCCCACGCUGCCCCCAGCUGCAGGUGAGAUGGUGCAAACUCUUCCAGUCCUCUGGCCAAAGCUUCAGGGCUUGGAAAUGGACGCUGCGAUAGCAUGGUGCAUGCUUAAGCCUUUCCCACCUUCCUUUGCAGAAGAAGGGAACAGUUAUCUCUGAGUUGAAUCUCGCUUUGGACAGUGGCUGGAGCUAGAAGUGUGAAGGUGAAUAUGGAGAAGCAGAAGGUGCCAGCACAGGGCAGCUCUCAGCUGCUCUGACCCCAUCGCUGGCCUGCAUCUCCCUGGGGCAGUGAUGCCAAAUGUGGGAUGGAUGCAGCCUGGGGGUGACAGCUUUCAGCUCCUGUACUGCUGGAAUCAGAGAAAAUUGCCCACAGCAGCACCAGCCAUCCUCUCACUGCCACUUUGAGCACACAGUGUGCACCUCAGCCCCUGGGGCACCCAGUGAGUGUAGGGCACCAAUGCCAGCACCGGGACCCAGCAGAAGAGCACAUGGCAUUCCUUUCUUCCCUUUCCACCCACCUCUGUUCUGAAACAUCACCCCAACCUCUCAUACAGGAGAGAAGGGGAUGUCUGUACUGCCGUUAGCACUCAGGAGGUGAUGGGGUGGGUAGGAGGUGGCCGGCUGCUGUGCAGGGAGCUGUGGUGGCCAAUUGGUGUCACAGAUGUGUGCCAGCUCUAGAGUUUGUCCCUGGCUUAAAUCCACUAAUGGUUCUCAUUCCCUUCUCCCGUGCAGGAGAGAAGGGAAUCUUCUCUCUGCUGACUUGCUAGGCAGGGCUCUGGUGCAGAUGUUCCCUUCCUCCAGACAUUUUCUGUGUUUGAGAAAGGGUUUGGGUUAAGAUUUUUUUGCUUAUUUUGGUAGAAGCCUUCAAGGCUGUGAUCCUGCAGUUGCUUCUGCUGCCAGUGGGUUUGGAAGGUGACUAAAACUAUUAGCCUGGAUCCUCGUUUUACCUGGCACGGUGAGGCUGCGCUCCUGCGGAGGGAGCACAGAGCGCCAGACAGCUUCAAGGGAUGGCUUAGGAUCAGACCUCAUCUCUCACCUUCUGAGCCCCAGACCUGUUCCCCUAUGCCAGCAGGGGGUUGUUUCAGUCCCAGCCCACGCUGAGCUGUGCCAAGAUCCUGACACAAUGCUCUUGUGACCGGGCAUCGCUCUGCGAACCACAUAUGGUAAAACAGAGGUCUUUGGCUGCACCCAGCUGCUGGAAAUGGAAAGCAAAUCCAAAUGCCAGCUCCAUAGUGGAACUUCCCAGGCUGUGAUUCCCCCUUUCUGGGGGAGAGAGAAAACUCCUUGGCUGGAAGGAGAGGAGGGGGCAGGGAGAGAGCAGCUGCAGCCCUCCCAGGGAGGGCCGGGCCUUGACUUCUCCUCUCCAUCAGCCAAGAAGGUUUUUAGUUUUUCCUGAAACUGUUUUUUUUUCUCUUUGGUUUGUUUCAAGCCCCGAUGAGAGCAGAGGGGAGGCUGGAGGAGGCAGAAGCGUCUCUUAUUUAUAUUAUUCAGUGUUGUUUACAGAUUCGCAUGGGGUCUUUCAACGUGUCAACAGGAGAGCGCGGCGCAUUUUUCCACAUCACUUUAAAAGGGAGAGGGGUGGAAAGGGCCGGGAUGGGGAGGGGAGGCACAGGGGGAGGAGGUUUGGUUUUGUUGGGGUUUUCUUUUUUUUUCUUUCUUACAAAGCACAUUCACUUGGAGAUGCUCCCAGUGCUGGACUCUUCCCCCUUCCCACCUUCAUGCCCUACACUGUGAAGUGAUACUGCCUUGAAGGCCCCUCGCCGUUAUUUAUUUAAUUAAAAACCUAAUUUGAAAGCGA